GUGGCCGAGAGAAUAAGAUGCCCAUCUUGAUAUCCAAGAUCUUCAAGGGGCUGGCAGCGGAUCAGACGGAGGCGCUGUACGUGGGAGACGCCAUCCUCUCUGUGAACGGCACCGACCUCUCGGAGGCGACGCAUGACGAGGCAGUGCAGGCGCUGAAGAAGACGGGCAAGGAGGUGGUUUUGGAAGUGAAGUACAUGAAGGAGAUCUCUCCAUACUUCAAGAACUCCUCCACCGGGGCUACUGUCAGCUGGGACCCCUCGCCUGCGGCCUCGCUCCAGAAGCGGGCAUCUCCCGUCCUCUCCCUGCGGGACCUCAAGGAGGGGAAGAACCUGCCUUUGAAAAUGUGCUAUGUGUCCCGCAAGUGUCUCCCAAGCGACCCGGAGCACAGGUAUCUGGAGGUGUGCUCGGCGGAUGGGCGCAUCACCCUCUUCCUGCGGGCCAAGGACGAGGCAACCGCACAGUCGUGGUUCAAUGCUAUCCAGACCAACGCCAACGGGCUGCUGCCCAGGGUCAAGGAGGAGCUACGGGCCCAGCUGGCUGGUGCCGGCAUGGCCGGGAGCAAGGAUGUCAAGCACGUGGGCUGGCUCACCGAGCAGCUGCCCAGCGAUGGGACGAGGAAUGUGCUGGCCGUCCUGACCGAAAAGGACCUCCUGUUCUACAACAGCCUCCCACAGACCCGGGACGCCCUGAGCAAGCCCACGCACAACUACCCCCUCAUUGCCACCAGGCUGGUGCACUCGGGCCCUGCCAAGGGCUCUCCGCUCUACGACGCCGAGCUCUCCUUCGCGCUGCGCACGGGCACACGCCUGGGUGUGCAGACCCACCUCUUCAGCCUGGAGACCCACCGCGACCUGGCCGUGUGGACGCGCAUGCUGGUGGAUGGCACCCAUGGUGCUGCCGAGCUCGUCCAGGAGGUCUCCACAGCCUGCACAUGGAAUGGGCAGGACUGCACUCUGUCCAUCCACAUCGACAAAGGCUUCACCAUCUUCACCACGGAGCCUGGGCUCAGCAAGACAAUCCUGCUCCAGCAGCCCUUCGAGAAGCUGCAGAUGUCCUCUGAUGAUGGCACCAAGAUGCUCUACUUGGAUUUUGGUGGCCCAGAGGGAGAGAUUCAAUUGGACCUUCACUCCUGCCCCAAAACCAUUGUCUUCAUCAUCCACUCAUUCCUCUCAGCCAAGGUGACGCGGCUUGGGCUGCUGGCAUGAAGAUGGAGAAAAGAGCCAGGCAGAGCAGUAUCCAACACCUCCAUGAGAUCUAUGCACCUACAACUCCCUCCAGGCCAAACUAAACCAAAAGCCAUCCAGAUGAGAUAAGAACCCCCAGGUCAUGCCACAACAGCCAAGAAAAACCCUUAUCGUCCAGAAAAAACAGCACUGCAGGAAC